GUCGGAUCUGCGGCUUUUUAUUUUUUUUUAUUUCCAGCUCCUUCCAAAGCCCAGUUCGGAAACGAUCAUUCUCUGUUUUCCCCCUCCUGACUUUAAUUUUUUUUUCCCGACAACCGCUGUUCUUCCCCCUGACACAUACGCGCGCUCUCUCGCUCUCUCUUGCUCUGUUCUUUGCAACCAUGACCACCUCUGCUGCAACUGUGGCUGCUGGCUGCAUCUUUGGCUUUGUUGCCAGUGACGUCGAAGCCCGGGCCAUUUUCCGCCAAGUGUGCGAAGGCAAGAUUCGCACCAUCGACAAACGCCUCACAACCCUUCAAAAGUCGGCCAUCGCUGCAGGACAAAUUUACGUCUUUGACGACUGCAUGAGCGAAAUCCAACGCUGGACGGACGGCAAGCAAUGGGGCGACUCGACCUCGAUUGGCGACUUUCUCAUCUACAAGGAGCAAGAAGUGAUUGUGCCGAGCAGCCCAGACAAAAAGUCGCGUGUGGACAAGAUUGGGGGCUUGCGCAAGAAGACCUUCGCCGACCCGACACCUGACUCGCACUUGCGAUUGGUGUGCUACUACGACGAGCAGAUUGCAAUGGCUGCACGCUCGCCCAUGCUCGACUGUGUCCACAAGGCUGUGAGCAGCAGCAGCAACUGCGCAUCUCCGAUGUUGGACAACAUGCCCGCCCCGUUUGCCAAGCUUUCCAACAACUCGCUCGCAUUGGGCGAUCUGCAACAGCAGCAAGCUCCUCUCCAAUCGUACCUCCAACAGCAGCAAACACAGAUGAUGCAGGCCUCCAUCCAAGGACGUCGUCAAAGCUCAGUGUUUCUGCCCACAAUCCCACAAGAUUCGCAGAUCCAACAACAGCAACAACAAAAACAGCAGCAGCAGCAGCAGAAGCACCACCAGCAGCAGCAGCAACAACAGCAGCAGCAGCAACAACAACUGCUGCUCAACCAACAGCAGCAACUGGAAGCCCAGCUUGCUCAACUGGAGCAGCUCAAGCAGCAGCAAGAGUCCCGUCUCAAGCAGCUGCAAGACGAUCACAUGCUGGAGCUCCAGCAGCUUUUGCAAACACCAAGGUCGCACGACGAACCAUUAUUCACCUUCAAGCGCGAGUACCCGGCCGAGCCGUCGUUUAUGCCUGCCAGCAACGAGGCGGAGGCUGUCGCCCGCAUCAAGCGUCGCCGCGAGUCGAAAGACCUGUCUGCUUUUCUCGCCGAUGGCCCAAUCAUCACCCCUCGGCACCAAACGUUCAUGUCACUGGUGGACCAGGUCUUGUCGCCAGCAAUUGGAUUGGACUCGGACAGCAUUGCGUCCAUUUCCCCGCCGUCGAGCUCGCUCGCGUUUCCUGCUCGCGCCACCUCGGCCACCUCGCAAAGCCCUCACCACGGCCCAAUCACUGUGUAUGCCGCCAGCCACAACGAUCCCAUCAUCGAGGUCCAGCUCCCCCACGGCUCCACCCUCGUCUACCUCGACCAGCUCACCAACUCGCUCCGUGCCGAGUCUGCCAUGGUGGCCCACGCGAACGCCGACUUUGCCGAGUUUAUGCUCGCCGCGAACGACGAGGCUGCCAGCAUGCUGCCGGGCUCUGUGGUGAAUUUCAUGGACGGCAAGCUCACCCUCCAGGGGUUUCACCAGGGCAGCUCGGCAUUCGUCCCCCGCAUCAUCACCACCAAGCCAUUGAUCCUCGGUAACGUGCAGGCCGGCACCAACCAGGACGCCACGUCCGCCAAGGUUGCCAUGGUUGGCCAGGUGCCAGUCCACGUUCGCGGCCCCGCCCGUGCUGGCGACUUUGUCGUUUGCAGCUACAAGUUUGGCGACUUGUUCUGCGUUGCCACCAAGGACAUGACCCUCGAACUUUAUGGUCGCGUGGUGGGUAUUGCCCUGGAGAGCGCGCCUGCGCAGCCCGACGACUUGCCCACCCCUGUGCAAGUGCUUGUGUUUUACCCCGAUGUCAACUGGCUGACUCGCAACAUGGCGUCUGAGCGCCAGCAAAUGCAAAGCCGACUCACCAGCCUCGAGCUCAAGCUUGAGGCGAUGACUGCCCGUGCCAAAUCGUUGUCGCUGGUCGACGACGCGCGUGUUUCGUCGAGUCCCUUCGGACUCGCACAACCGCGCGGCUUGGGCAUGAUGGUUUUCCUAAUGCUGGCCCUUCUCAUUGCCGGCAUUGUCGGCGGUGUCGUUGGUAGCAUCGGCAUUAACUCGCUCCUCAACCGAUGAGUUUCGAGUUCUUUUGUUUUUUCAAAGCCUUUGCUACUUUUCCUAUCCAUUCAAAAUCCUGCCUAUUGUUUUUUUUUGUUGCUUUUUGUUGCUUUUUUGUGCUUUUUGCUCAGCAUCCUAUUCGUUAUGAUGCUCUGUACCUUUUCGUUGGUUAGUUUGUUCGUUGUCGCCUGGUUGCCACACUUGUUGUUUUCGUGCUUUUCUUAGCAUCCUAUGCGUUAUGAUGCUCUGUUGUCUUUUGGUUGGUUUAUUGGUUCGUUGUCGCUUGGUUGUCGCUCUGCGAGUUGCUCAACCACCUGUCAGUGACAAAUAAAUGCACCUCCUCAUCCCCC